GGGAAAUCGUCGACCACGCCGGCGGGGCCGGUAUCGGGGUCCUGAAGUGUUUGGUGUCGCGUGCUGAUUGGCUGCCUCUAUGGCUAGAGUAAUCGGGUCGUCGGGAUCGUAGUAUAGAAGUACAUGCAAAUGUGGCCAGCCCUGCUCCUCGUCGCGAGUGCACUGGCAUCCGCGUCUGGUCAUGGCCGCGUGCUGGAACCUCCGUCGCGGGCGUCGGCGUGGCGAUACGGGUACCCCGUGCCCGCAGACUAUGACGACGACGGCGCCAACUGCGGCGGCUACUCCGUGCAACACGUCAGCAACAGCGGCAAAUGCGGCAUCUGCGGAGACGCGUACAGUAUACCGCCUCCACGGCCCCACGAACUCGGCGGAGUUUAUGGAGUGGGCAUCAUAGUAGCCCAUUACCUCCCAGGCUCCCUCAUCAGCACCACUGUAGACCUGACCACCUCCCACCGAGGGUUCUGGCAGUUCAAACUAUGCGCAGACCCAGAGGCAAACGACCAAGAAUGCUUCGACAAACACGUGCUAGAACUCGAAGAUGGGAGCACUAAAUACUACCCUGAUCGAGGAAGCGUGAAGUAUAAUGUGACGUAUGUUCUUCCUAAGGGCCUUGUCUGUGACCAUUGCGUGCUCCAGUGGAGGUACACCGCUGGGAACAACUGGGGUACAUGCCAAAACGGGACUCAAGGACUCGGCUGCGGGCCGCAAGAGCAAUUCGGGGCGUGUUCAGACAUUUCAAUAGGAAUGUCUAAGCAACGAUUAAGAGAAAUGCCUGACAAUGACGAGAUCCCGUAUCCUUUGUUUUAUUAUAUGAAGAAUGGAUACUUCGAUGCCCAGCAAGGUCUGCUUAAUCUUCUCCGAGGGAUAGUCCGUUCGCCAGUUCACAACCAACAGUCUAUCCGACAAUAUCCUUCCCAUCAAAUAAUCUCUACACAAAGACCAACUCAUCCCGCUCGAAGGCCAACUCAUCCCACACAGCGUCCAUCCCAUCCCACUCAACGACCAACUCAUCCCACACAUCGUCCGAUAUCGACACACAGACCGACACAGUCGCCUCCACGGAGUACGCAGUCGAAAAGAGAGCGACACAGCAACAAGCAAUGGAAAACCGCACGACAUAAGAAGUUGAAGAAACGAAAACACAAGAGGAAAGGCAAACCGAGAAAGCGGAAAAAGAAGGUACUUACGCAUUUUUUGAAAUUUAUUGAUCCUGUUGAAAAUAUACAUCUUUAGUGUAAUUGCGUGGGAGGUUGAAAAGGCCACUUUAAAGCAGUUAACCUAAAAAUCAAUAUUGCUAUUUGACAUUUAUUGGCAUUGCGCAAUUGUUUAUUUAUUAGUACUCACAUUUACACUUACUUUUGUAUUGCUUUUUAGAUGAAUUGCUUCAAUAUGGCCUUUUUGUACCCACUGAUCCAUGAAUCGUGACAAAUAUAACGGACAUCAAACGAUAAACCACGUAGA